CAGUGGCAGAACCGCCACCCAAGCCAUGGCUCCCAACUCCCCCGCCGACCCCGUAGCAAAAGGGACCCUCGCGACAGCCAAACAGUCCCUCCGCGACCUCUUCAUCUGGCGCCAGCGCGUGGUCGUGACCAACGAGUACGGCGAGACCUCCACAGAAUGGCAGGACCCGGACCCCAUCCGCAACCCCAUCUCGCUCUUCGCCCAGCUCUCGCCGCGGGACUGGCUCUUCUUCCUCGUCGGCCUCGCCGCCUGGACCGCCGACGCCUUCGACUUCCACGCCCUCUCCAUCCAGACGAAGAAGCUGGCCGACUACUACGGCCGCUCCAAGACCGACAUCACCACCGCCAUCACCCUCACCUUGCUCCUCCGUUCGAUCGGCGCGGCCUUCUUCGGCAUCGCGGGGGACAAGUACGGUCGCAAGUGGCCCAUGGUGGUCAACCUCGUCGUGUUGGGCGUGUUGCAGGUCGCUACGAUUUACAGUGCUACUUUCCAGCAGUUCCUGGCCGUGCGGAGCUUGUUUGGCCUGUUCAUGGGUGGUGUUUAUGGUAAUGCCAUUGCCAUGGCCCUGGAACAUUGUCCCUCCAACGCGAGAGGUCUGAUGUCUGGUGUCCUCCAGCAGGGCUACUCCCUCGGAUACGUCUUCGCAGCGUGUGCCAACCUCGGUGUUGGUGGUGCAACCGAAUCAUCGAAGACCGUCUUUUGGAUCGCCGCCGGCAUCUCCAUCGCCGUGGGCGUCAUCCGCAUCUUCUUCCCCGAAUCGCAACAAUUCCUCGAAGCGAAAGCAAAAGGCCGCAGGCAGGGCGCGUCGCCGCGCGAGUUCUGGCGCGCCCUAGUGACGAUGCUGGGCCAGGAAUGGCGCAUGUGCGUCUACUGCACCGUCCUCAUGACCUGGUUCAACUACUACUCGCACACCUCGCAGGACUCGUACACCACCUUCAUGCUGACCCAGAAGGAGCUCGACAACGCCGCUGCCUCGCGCGCUUCCAUCCUGAUGAAGACGGGCGCCUGCGUCGGCGGCACCGUCAUCGGCUACCUGUCGCAGUUCGUCGGCCGGCGCCGCGCCAUCGUCGCCAGCGCUCUCGUGUCCGCGUGCCUCAUUCCCGCGUGGAUCCUGCCCCCGGGCGAGGCGGGGCUGAGCGCCAGUGGGUUCUUCACCCAGUUCUUCGUGCAGGGUGCUUGGGGCGUUAUCCCCAUCCAUCUGAACGAGCUGUCGCCUCCUGCGUUCCGCUCGUCCUUCCCCGGCAUUACGUACCAGCUUGGGAAUAUGAUCUCGUCGCCCAGCGCGCAGAUAGUGAACGCUAUUGCGGAGACGACGUUCGUGACGAAGCCGAACGGGAACCGAGUCGAGGCGUAUGGUCCUGUCAUGGGUGUCGCCACGGCCAUCAUCGCUGUGGGGAUUGUCGUCACUACGAUGUUCGGACCAGAGAAGCGCGGGCGCAGCUUUGAGCAUGCGGUUGCUGGUGUAGAGUCGGAGGAGGAGGACAAGGAUAUAGAGAUGGGCGCUGCUCCGGCGACGGAGUCGACUCAGUCGAGGGUCCAAAAGGAUGAAAAUAGACCUGGGCUGCAGCGGUAAAGGCUGGGUGCUUGUUUGACAAAAAUUCCCGUUUGCUGUGGAAGACUAGACAACACGGUCAUAACUUACUAUAAUCCAUAAAGUCUGGAUUUAGAUCCGGCGAACUUGUCUUGUUGGACCGGCCAAAUCGCACGAACGCUUCCCGUAAGGAUCAUUGAUGCCUGCCAGUUGGUUUCCAACUUUCACUCUUGCUCGUACAUACCGUUGCCUGCAGACUCGUGAUUGAUCUUAUUCUUGGCAGCUAUGAAGGAAUUGCUAUCUGAAGUUCCGGGGACAGC